GAUCAUGUGACGCAGUCUCCAUCGCCAUCAUUGUUAAUGGCAGUGAAGCCUGAGCGGAGGAGAACCAGCGGAGCUCCGUGGAGCAGCAGUCCGGGUUAGAGUGAGUGUCGUCCGGGCAGCAAGCAUGGUCCAGACGUGCUCGGCGUACGGCUGCAAGAACCGCUACCACAAAGACAAAGACAUCUCCUUCCACAAGUUUCCUCUGGCGCGUCCAGAUGUUUGUGGUAAAUGGGUUUCAGCGAUGAGGAGGAACAACUUCAAACCUACAAAGUACAGCAACAUCUGCUCCCAACACUUCACCAAAGACUGCUUCAAGAGGGAGUGCAACAACCGAGUCCUGAAGGAGAACGCAGUGCCGUCGCUGUUCACCUUCAACCUCAGCAUCAAGUCGGAAUCCCUGGAGGGUCCUUUCCCCUCGGAGAUCCACUUCCCUCUUUCUCUGCCUCUGACCUCCGACCCGGCGGUGGAGGAGGAGCCUGACCGGAGCCCGAGCGACGCCCGCGGCGACACGGCGGCGGUUUCCUGCGACCACAACUACACGGCGGAGGACUCGGCGCAGCAGAAGAAACGCAUCGAACAGCUGGAGGAGCAGCUGGAGCGGCUGAGGAAGAAGCUGAAGACCACGCAGCAGAAAUGUCGGCGGCAGGAGAGGCAGCUGAAAAGGCUGAAGGCCGCCUGCGACACGCCCCCAACGGGCCGCCAACCACCGCCAGCGUUCGGCGAGGGAUACGUGAUCUUACCCAAACACAUCUACCACACUCUGAAGGGCAUUGAGUGACUAAACGCUGCUUCAGACCGAGACUAAUGGAGCUGCUGAACCUCACAGAGAACCUUUUUUUACAAUCCAGAGGAGGUCUGACUGGUGGAGACGACAAACUCUUUACAGAUCAACCUGUUCUCCUUUCCUUUCUUGAGUUUGGGCUGUAGUGAAACGACUUUUUAAAUCGGUGGUUCAACAUUUUGGGUUCAGUUUGAGGGGAGGAGUGUUGGAAAUAUUUUCCUGAUGAAGAAAUACCUGAUGUUUGUCUUCUGUUGUUAAGAAACAAUCUUUAAAACCACAAACUGCAGCACAGAUUGCACCGAGUUAGCUUCUUUCACCCGACUAUGCUAAACUAAGCUAGGCUAACUAUGCCCACAUUCUGCCUACAGAUGUUGACAGUUAAUCACAUUUAAUAAUUAAACCGAUGAGGCAGAGGUGACGGUCGUGCAUAUCUGCAGCUCAGGAAGCAUCCAGUUGGCUUCUUUCACCCAACUAUGCUAAUCUAGGGCAAGGCAAAGCUAACUAUGUUCACACUGUGACUACGGAUGUUGAUAAUUUAUCACUGAUGAUGAUUAAACCCAUUAAAAAUAUAUUACACGAUCAGGCAGAUGGGAAGGUCGUGCAUGUCUUCGGCUCAAACAGCAUCCAGUUAGCUUCUUUCACCCAACUAUGCUAAGCUACCCUAAUUAUGUUCACUCCCUGACUACAGAUGUUGAUAAUUUAUCACCCUUAGCGAUCUAACGAUUAAAAAUAUACAAACUGAUGAGGCAGACAUGAAGGUCGUGCGUAUCUGCUGCUCAGAAAACACCAAGUUAGCUUCUUUCACCCAGCUAUGCUAAUCUAGGUCUAAGCUAAGCUACCUAUGUUCACACUCUGACUACAGAUGUUAAUUUAUCACCAUUAUUGAUUAAAUGUGUGGACCCAUAAGGCAGAUGUGAAGGUCGUCCAUAUCUGCAGCUGUGAAAGCAUCAAAUUAGCUUCUUUCAUCCAACGAUGUUAAGCUAAGCUAGGCUAAAUUUGUUCACACUCUGACUACGGAUGUUGAUAAUUUAUCACCCUUAAUAAUUUAACCGAUUAAAAAAAAAAUAUUAACCGAUAAGGCAAACGUGAAGGUCGUGGAUUUCUGCUGCCCAGAGAGCAACAAGUUAGCUUCUUUCACCCAACUGUGCUAGGCUAAGCUAGCCUAACUAUGCUCACAUUCUGACUAAAGAUGUUGACAAUUAAUUACCCUAAAUAAUUAAACCGAUCAGGCAAACGUGAAGGUUGUGGCUGUUCGCUACCCAGACACCACCAAGUUAGCUUUUCACCCAACUAUGGUAGGCUAAGCUAGGCUAACUAUGCUCACAUUCUGACUACAGACGUUGACAAUUAAUUACCCUUAAUAAUUAAACCGAUCAGGCAGAUGUGAAGGUCGAGCAUGUCAGUGACUGUCAUAGAUCAGCUGUAGUUCCUGGUUGUUCCUCCAGGUGGAACCUCUUCCUGUUUAAUCCUGUAAAGACCAGAGGAGGCGUCACUCACAGUUCAUGUUAAAGCAGAGAGCAUUGUGGGAGUUUAGCUAACAGCGGUCACCGUGACAAAGACUUCUGUAAUGCUUAAUGAGUUCCAACUGAAAAAAACAAAACUUCUUAGCUAGGGAUAGUUGAUAUGGCCAAAAAAUAAAAUCUCUUUUUUUUUUUUUUUUUUAGUCAUCCUGGACGAUUACGAUUUUAAUCGAUUUUUGUUGUUUCUUUGCGGUCUGUUUGCUAUGGCUAGUGCUAUAGGCUAGUGCCAUGCCGCACUCCCGUAGCUGCAGCACUCUUCCCAUUCUUUAGGAUGCCUCUGCUGGAGGUGCUGAAAGAGGUUAGUUGUGGUGCUACUCUUCAUUUUCACAGUACUUUUGCAAACCUUGCACAUGACUGUAGUUUGCUCUGUGUCAGUCUUGUCAAAGCCGAACCACUUCCAUAUAAUCGAUGUAACAUGAGGCCCUUUUCUCGCGAUCAACUCUUUGUCUGCUGUUCUGUCCGCCAUGACGGGGGUGUGAGUGUUUUGGCGGAAGGAGAUGAGAGGCUGAAGCAAACGCCAGUGCACAAGUCGUGAAAGGCAGAAGAAGAAUCUGUAUUGUUAUAUAUUUAAGCUCACCUUGAUUUUACGAUUUGGCAAAUUUUCAAAUCGACAGGUUUUAAAAAGGCGAAUUAUUCGAAUUAAUUCGAUUUAUCACCCAGCCCUAUUCUCAGCACAUGUAGGAAUGCUCACUCAUUUCAUUUCCUGUUAUCAAUUCAUUGAUUAUUGAUUGAUUAGGCUGCCAACUAUAGGUGAAGGAAAUUAUUCAAAAUUUGCGUCCCUAAUCCUGACUUAAGUUCCAUCUUUGUAGGUGGAUUCUGUGGUUCUUGAGAAAGAUUGUUGAUUUUUAGUUAGCAUCUUUAGCUCGUUAGCAUAUUUCCAUUUCCUUACCUGUAUUAGCACUAUCCGAGCUGCUUUGUUUCCCAUUUCUAGAAGCAGAAAUGCUUCAAAACGCUGAAUUUAUUUUCAGCAGACCGCCUGCCUGUGAAGAAGUUUUUUUAUUGGAAUAGAAUUGAGUUAUUCCAUCUUAAAUCAUAACAAGCCUUCAGUUCCACCAUUUUUCUUCAACCAUGGAGUGACUAAACCAUGUAUUCCACCUGAACCAUGUAAACACAGAGGUGGACUGCCCAUCUGGCAUACCGGGCCCUGUCGUGGUGGGCUGGUGUCUAGUGGGGCUGGUCAACAGUCGAGUUCCUGUAGAACAGAGUUGCGACAUGACGGGUCCAAAAAAAUUUGGUCACGUGAUCUAUGGUGCCAUUUUGUUUCCAAUUCAUGAACACCGGGUUUUCCUGUUAACGUUGUUUAUACCGCAGAGAGUAAUUCUAGGUCUUCCAACGCUUUCUAAAUACCUGAAAAAUGACGGGCUGUUGUGCCUUUGGGUGCACAAAUCGAUCAGAGAAGGGAUUCCACAUGUUUAGAUUUCCCAGUAAUAGUGAAAGAAGGAAACUGGGGGAAAAUAAAUUCUGGAGAGUGGGAUGGAAACCGACUUCACCAUCGUUUUUGUGCCAGGUUAGUCCCAUGUAUGUACUUUCAUGUUAUGAUGUAUGGGUGAAUGACAGAAAAGUUUGAUGUGAUUUUA